GCAACGAAAAAGCUAAAUACUUCAUGGAUGUGAUCUAUGGACCAGAAAAUGUUCAAAUCAAACAUCCAAGUGAAAUAUUUGUGAAUGAAAAUUUAACUUUAACCUGCUCUGCUGAGUCCACGCCGUCCGCGAUUUACACCUGGAAGGUGAACGGGACAGUGAAGAUACACAACUCUACUGUGUUCAGCAAACCCAACAUUCAGCUGUCAGACGGAGGCAUCUACACCUGUGAAGCGAUGAAUGAUAUAACCAAGAAGACAUCAUCUGCUGACUAUGAAUUGUCUGUAAAAGCCCUAUCAGAUAAAAAAUCAGGCUGUUCAGGUGGCUGCAUCGCAGGAAUAGUCAUCGCAGUUCUAGUCGUCCUUGCUGCCGCUGGCGGUGGAGGGUACUACUUUUAUCGUAAGAGGAAGAGGAUGAACACGACAACUGCUGAUAGAACAG